AUGUUCCACGCCUCUACUCAAGCAUUCCCAUCUCGUCAAUCACGAUCACCGCCGAUAGAUGACAUGAUCGCUGGACCCGAGAUCACCAUCAUGUCUAAUGGUUUAAACGGAGUGUCAAAAGCUCGGAAGAUGAGAGCUUCUUGCGACGCCUGCUCCCGUGCUAAGGUUAAAUGCGACAAAGUGCGACCGACAUGCCACCGAUGCGGCACUAUGAGCAUCUGUUGCAACUACUCACCUUCCAUGAGGUUGGGAAAACCUCGCAAGAACAGAAACUUCGAUGGAUCUAUCAAGCGCGAUAUAUCGCCCGCAGGCUCCUAUGCACCUCUCGGAGCCAGAGUAGAUCUGCUUCCACGUACUACAUCGUACACGUAUGAAAGUUCUCCGGAGCCGACAGACCCCUUCUAUUUCGGUCCUCGUACCCCAGAAUACCACUACCAGGAUGCAUUCGUGGGGAACACAUUCGAUGGUAGCCAAUCUUCCAGAUCUUCGGAAGGUAUCAGCUCGCACUCAAAUGUUUGGCCGAGCGGUGAACAAAUGCUAUUUGCACAUCAGGCGGAGAUGUUUGCUCCCGUACCACAGUAUCCUCCAUCACACGCGGCCUUUCAUGGACAUGCCCGAUCAACCAGCGUGCAAAGCCAGCCUGAGAUGCUGGCAUCACUGGAUCCAACCCAAACCUCGGCAGCUUUUGGUCAUCAGUUUCUUGAUGUGCUAGGACCAGAUAAUGCAAACCAAGAGAAGAUAAUGGCUUCGCCGCCGCCGAUGAUAUCUUCCCCUCUACCGACACCACCAGCUUCCCACAUCCUCAUGAGGCACGAUUGUACCCAGUUCGCCUUCCAGAUACUAUGCAGCCUAUAUGCUCCGCCUGAGACUCAGUCUGCUGCUGGAGACUUCAACUCGCUCGAUAGUCUCCCUACAUCGGGACCAGUACUCUCAACCAACACAGCGGCAGUGGACAGACUCUACACGCUAUUGAGUUGCGAAUGCUCAUCGAACCCCCACUACUCAGCCACGAUCAAUCUAAUCAUCGUGAAAAUACUAUCUUGGUACCAAGCGAUCGCUGGUAGUACUCAGCAAAACGAAUGUUACUCCAUGGAGACUCACGUGGAUGCCUUGGCCCCUCGUCGUAUGUUCAAUGGCCUCUUGAGCUCCGAACACGAACACAUCUAUCAAUCAAAUCACAUUCUGGCUGAGCUCUGCAGGGUGGAGAAGCUGAUUGACAGAUUUUCUGAGCGCUACUGCAACCCGGCCAAUGCCGCCGAGACAGGCAUCCAUUGCGGCGUCUACGUGGCCAUGGAGAAGUCGCUUCGAAGCUGCGUACGCGAUACUUUUAGAAUCACCAUGUCAGCUGCGCCAGAGAACGUCAAGCGUCAGAUGGCAUCGCGGACCCAGAGCUGCUUACGCAUGAACACAGUAUGA